AUGGACAACAAGGAGGCUGUGGCAGAGGAGGUAAAAAGACAGGUACGGCUUGCACUAGAAGAGCGAGAGAACACAACGAAGAAGCUUGAAGAGGAGAAUCAGAACAGUGACAAUGAAGUCGGGGAAGGGUUGAACCUGGCUGGUGCUCUGGGGUACAUGGAGGGCAAGUUGGUUCGAAAUAUAUUCGGGCUCCCCAUGGACUUCCAGUGCAACCUCAGGUACAUGGAGGGCAAGGAGGCUCGGAAUAUGUUCGGGCUCCAGAUGGACUUCCAGUGCAAUCUCAGGUCGCUUGAUGGAGUUGGGCAACAGAAUCCACCUGUGCCGAGUGCGGGUGUCUAUAGUGCACAGACCGGAGGCAAUCUUGGAGAGCGUGACGUCGGUCAAGUGGACAGUCAUAAGUCUGUUCCGGAGCCGUUCGGUGUCGACUCUAGGACUGGAGGAACUUCGUCUAUUCAAGGUGGAGACGAGCAGAACCAGACCAAGGUCGUGAAUGAUGAGGACGCUAUGGUAGGACACCUGCACUUGUUGGUGCAGGGCAUCAGGCAGCUCCAGCAGCUGCAAAUUUCCAAGAAGGACACUCCAGAGACGGAGACGAUGAAGGGCAACAUUGAGCUACCCCCCAUGCCGGAGCUCGGAGAUGCGGCGGUGGAAACCAAUGAUUGGCUCUACGUGGCGGAGCAGAUGCUUGGAGCACUUACGGACAGUGCGAGUACGUGGCUCAGUGAGAGCCUUCGAUGCGCAAGAGAGGCCUACGAUCGUUACCAGCGGGCCUCGGCGAUGGAUAGGGUGACCAUCGUGCCAGUGCUCACGGAGACCCUGCGGGACAAGAAGUGGGACAGGUUGGAACGCCGGGUCUUAACCCUGCUAUUUGGGGCCAUGCCUCGAGGUGUGAAGGAAGACACGAUCACCCACAAAGUUGAGAACGUGACGUCGGUCUUCUACAGACUGCAUGUUCUAUAUCAGCCGGGCGGAACGGCUGAAAGGACAGCCAUUCUUGACAUUCUUGGACGCCUUGGUGGCUCUAGUGGCACAGAUGAGCCAGCUGAAGUGGUUGCUAGACUACGAAAAUGGAGGAGGUACCUGGCCAGGGCAGACGAGAUGGGCAUUAUGGCUCCGGACGCUAGCAUUUUGUUGAAAGGGUUAGAUCUCACUCUACAGAAAGUCUUCGAAAAGUUCCCGGAGGUGAAGUUCAGGUUGGAUUUAGCCCGGAAUGAUUUGAGGUUGUCGUCAGCACCGACACAGGAGUCCGUCCUCAAGUACUACCAGCACGCCCUCGCCGAACUUCAGCAGGUCAACCUCAACAUCCACUACAACCUCGAGUGCCCCAGCGAGUUCGUCACUUGCCAGAGCCCAACCUUUGGAGGCCGAACCACGUGCUACUACUGGAACAGCAGAGGACAAGAACGACGGUGGAACAAUGGCAUCUACUACCAGCGGGACUUCUACCACUACAAGCGACGAAGCCGCAGCACAUCGAAAAGAGAUGAGGUUAAUGGCGUGAACUCGUCAAGGGAAGACCUCGAGCUCUUCUUCCUUGCGGCGGGAGCUGUGUCGGUUGAACUCGCCGACGGGCAGAAAAUCGAUCUUCUUCAGACAAAGACAGGCACCCUCCUCAACGACCGUGCCCCGGACCAGUCGCCGAUUGUCCCGUUGGGAAGCUUGGUGCAGCAGUUAGGCUGCACAGUGAGUUGGUCGCGACGACAAGGCCUAAAGGUCAACCACCCAAUACACAGGGACAUUACAGUGAGGAUACACGGGAACUGUCCGAUGAUCGACGAGUUGCAGGCAUUGAAGCUCAUCUCUGAGAUAGAGGAGAGGAACCUUGCUCAACUUCGUGAGGCCACUGCUAAAGGCCUUUGGAAUCAGCUGGCACCUACAAGUUUGACGUGGGAGACCAAUCUGGACAAUUACGUUGCGACUGGAAGGAAGUCGCAAGCUCGGUCGGCCAUGAUAGAUCCGGUUUUCCCUUUGAUGCUGAGUACGGCCUCCGACAGGUUCUCGUUUGCUGGACCCACCGACUUAGACUUGAGUGACGAGACCGACCUGAAGGCCUUUCCCGUGAAUAGAAGGACCAGAUUGUAUCAAACCAGAUGGAUUGUCCAUCUUUAUGAUGGCAAGAACCAGAUGGCAGUAACUACCUUGAGGCAGUUGGAGUCUGAGACGAUUACAGUGCUGGAGAUUGAUCUACAGCGCUCAAAAAUCUUCAAUAUGAAGGGCUGGAACAACGUGAUGUGGGCCCUCUUGUGGGCGGCUUGCAGAAGACAGAUUGAAGGAGUUGUCGGAGGACCACCUCGUGAUGAUCAGGACGAGCUGAAGAAGAAAUUGAUGUAUUUGUGGAUGGUAGCCGAGAAAGGAGCGAAGAAGGAUGGCCUGCGCAAACCCUUUGUGUUCAUGGAGCUCCCUGAGAGCAACAGCUGGUGGACAACCGAGGAGUGGAAAGAGCUCAAGGAUGAGUACCAACUAUUCAAUGUCAAGGCCCUCGUGAAUGAAAUUACAGAGGCGAUUGGACAAUGGUUCAAGCAUCCAGAUCAGUUCCGAAUGGCCCAAACCAAGGGCGUCGAUACCGAUGGCAAGUACCGCUAUGCUUUGGUGGGUUCUUAUUAUUUACCGAAGGUUGAGGGUUACAAGGAUAUGGACAUACCAGAGGACACUGAGGAUAUUGGUGCUGAUGUUGCUGAGAUUAUGGAUGAAGAAAAAGAUCGUCAGAACGAAGACUACAAGAAAUUUUACAAAGAGAGGUCCUAUUUGAUGCUGGAGGCCUACCACGAGAAUAUUGGUUCCUAUGACUUGGAUCCUAGAUAUGAGGAUGGGACUUUCGUGACGAGCUGUCACGUGAGACCAGGUUUGGUGGAGUCGGAUGCCAUUAUGGACGCAGAGCCCGUGGAAGUUGAACUACCAGUUCCAAGCAAGAGACUUAGAGAGAAGAUUCAUUUGGCAGCCCUCCACGACCGCUACAACGAGGUUGAAGCCUACGCCCGGGAAUUGAUAGAUACAGAGUCUUAUCAUGAGGAAGAUGUCCUCAGCCUGUGGACAAUGCUGAAAGAGCUGCCAAGGCCGAGGAGGAGAGGUUUGAAGAUGACAGACAUCGGGUUAAAGGCGGAGUCCUUCUACCCCGGUAGCUAUGUCUAUGAAGGAGUUUGCGUAGUCAUGAAGAUGACCCGGAGAUUGCCGAGCACUACAAUGUAUUUGGUAAAGGCUGCCAAAGAGCUCACGGGCAAGAGUGAGUUCGGUUGCGUAGCUAUUAUGGAGAAUAUUGGGAUGAAGGCCCAUAAGGACAGCCACAACGACCACUCGACCUGGAAUUCCAUCACAGCCCUCACGAACUUUGAAGAAGGUUCUCCUCAUACUUUGGAGAAAGGAAGAACUGGGAGCUUUCCACCGGGGCAAUGGCACAGCACUAAGCCUUGGAAUGGGCAGCGCGUUGUGCUGCUUACCUACAUAUCCCGACUUAGCCAUAUGGCCCCUGAGAGUGCCAAUGAGCUGAAGAACCUGGGGUUCAACCUGUCUAUGUUGUUAUCGAACCCUACCUCGGGUACGACCCCUACGCUCAAGGCAACACAUGUAGAAGAGAACCCAGAGGGGUCCAUGUUGGAUCCUCCUGGAGACGAGAUUGAGGAGGAGGAUGAGAAAGAUGAGUGGGCUUCGUCGGUGUCUCAUUUGAUCGAGGACCAGCAGGAUCUAAUUAAUGAGCUACAAGACAGAGCACUUACCCUUCGACGACUAUUGGAAGAAGAAGAGAUGUUGCUGGAAGAGUACCGAAAAAAGGGACACCAAAUGAAUGACGAAUCGGACCAUGCGCACCAGAUGUUGGUUGACAUGAUCGAGCAGACGGGCGACACCAUGAAGCAGUUGGAGGAUGUUCAAGAGCACAAGUGGCUAAAGACGGCGAUGCCAGCUCAAGAAGGGGAGGCAUUGGAGGUGAAGCGCAACCUACCUCUUUGGGUCCCGGCGAUCGACAAGGAGCUCUCCGCCCUCUUCAAGGACGGCGAGAACGGGUACUCCAUUAUCCCGGCCAAGACUUUGAUCCUUGCUGGACUAGCUUCCAGUGAGGAAGCAUGGGAAGUGCAGCGAGCCCUUUAUGUGCUACGGGAAAGUCCAGCGGUAUGGAGCGAGCUUGUUCUCAAGCCUUCCGUUGUUGAUCCCGAAGUGUGGAUGAUUAUCUACAAGGUCGAUGGCGAGCAGGACACGUUUGUGGGAGUCCUUGUUACCUACGUCGACGACUUGCUCUACCUCGCCGAGCCCACCGUGAUCACUACCGUGCAUUCAUGGCUAGGUGAAGAAUGGCCGAGCGCUCCCUUGGAAUGGACCAAGGAAGACACCAAGUACCUUGGUUGGGAGAUCUUGGAGAAGGAAGAAGGCUUCUUUUUGAUUUCACAGCGUGGCUACCUGGAGAAUUUGAUGAGAAGCUAUGAUCUAGAGCCUGGAUCCUAUGUCCGCCUACCAUGCCCUCGAGAGUGGUUGGUCAAUGAGGAUGGCCCGGCCGAAGACGAGCAGUACACUGAGUCGGAGCUGAAGAAAGCUCAGAAGCUUACGGGAGAACUUCUCUGGGUAACUCGUUCGAGACCAGAUAUCCUGUUCGUGACUUCGAUGAUGGCAUCAGCGCUUUCGAAACGACCAUACCACGUGUACCGGGUGGAUUUGAAGGUUAUGGCGUAUUUGGCCUCAAUUUUGGAGGUGCAGCUACAACUUGGAGGUGAAGGGUUGGGUCUUACGGGUUAUAGCGACGCAUCGUUUGCACCUUUUGAUAGAAGAUCGUACGGCGCUUCAGUAAUUGCCCUGAAUGGUUCAGUGGUGAACUGGAGGCCACCCUACUUCUGCAAGGAAUUGCAGCGUUGGUACAGGCUGUCAAAAAUCGUGGAGAACAAAGCAUUUAAAGGUGAGGAGAGAAUGAAUGAACUCAUGUUCCUGCGGGGCUUCAUUGGCCUUUUGAAGAUGAGCGACGCCUACGGCGACUACGUGAAGUUGUAA